AGAGAGCUGAAGGAUUCUCUGUCAGUCUUCAGGGGGAAGAGAACUCACCGUAAGCGGCAAAAAUGCCGGUUAUAGAUGUAGAGAAUCUCACGGACUUGGAUAGAGCUAAAAUGGAAGUAGAACAGUUGAAAAAAGAGGUGAAACUGGAAAGAGAAAAGGUGUCUAAAGGUUGUGAAGAGGUCAUGGAAUACAUUCAAAGUGGUAUGGAUGAGGAUCCCCUGGUCAAAGGCAUCCCAGAAGAAAAGAAUCCAUUCAAGGAAAAGGGUGGAUGUGUCAUUUGCUAAUGUGGACAGAAUAACUGCCCUCUUCCUUUUACAAUUUAAACUCUUUGGUACUGCACAUGGACACUUGCUACUCUUUAAUCUUAGCCAGCAUCUUCUCUGCUGCCUGAAACAGAGAAACAGACAGUCGAGGAUAGAUAUUAAAAUUACGCUAAAUGGCUUGGAUAUGGACCCUCUCACAUCUUCUUGUGUAUUCCUCUUUGAAGCGGUGAAAUAAAACAGAAUAAUUUCUUUUGGCAGCAAUUGUCAGAUUUGGUGCAUGGCAUGAUGGGUUGAACAUCAAAAUGUACAAAGGCUCCUUUAGAAAUAUUUAUUAAAAAACUUUUAAAGUC